CUUGGAAUCAAAGAGCAUGCGUAAUAAUGAACUUGUUCCAUGCGCAUGCUCUUCGUAAAUGUAAACAUCGAUUUCAGUUACUCGAACUGUGUUUAUGAAUGCCUCGAGUAUGAAAUGCCAAUCUUUAAUGAACUAUCUAUGGCAUAUCCUAAACAAUUCGGGCAACUGCGGGAAAAUGACUCCCAAUGGCGCAAUUCGUUAUCAGUGAAGUCGUCACAGAAACAUUGGUCCUAACAUAAAUUCUUCUUACAUGAAUCGUUAAUGAACCUUGAAAUAGUUACAUAGCUGCCUGAAAAAGCAAAUUGUUUGCCCUUCUACCUCUGUAAUCCUUGACUCAAUUCUUCGACCUUACAGAGGCUUUAAGAAUCUUUCAAUAGCCAUGGUGAUGCCGUGUUAAUCGAAAUAUGAAUAAACACCAGCAACAGCUGUAGAAACUGGCUAGGCCAUAUUUUAUGACCGAAUGUUUGUCAUCUCGAUAUCGUUUGCUUUGAAUGAGAAUGUCUAAGUUUGCGUACACUCCUUGCAGUCUCUUAUAUUUAAGGAUAAUUGCGUUGUUGCUUGAGGGCAGUUUAAGUGUAGAAGAAGGGAUCAGUUAAAACAGAAUGUGGCGAAAUAUACUUGUCGCGGCUUUGGUUAUAUGCCUGAUUUUCUCAGGUAUAACUGAGGGGAAAAAGAAGAAAAAGACGAAGAAACCAGCUUGCGGAGGAUCUUUUACUGACGCCCAGGGGGAGCUAACAACCCCUGGUUACCCAGACGACUAUGCUUCAGACUUGAGGUGCACGUGGGAUAUUCGAGUGGAAGAAGGGCAGAAAAUUCUGCUUACCUUUGAAGACUUUGCGGUUGAAGAGGAUGAAAAGUGCUCAUAUGACAAGCUGGAGAUCAAAGAGAAGCAAGGUAAAAAAUACAAGACUAAAGAAAAACUUUGUGGUACAAAGAAACCAAGGCCAUUCAAAACCGCUUCGAAUUCUGUUCGCCUGUCAUUCACAUCAGAUGACAGCGGAGUAGAAAAAGGAUUUAAAAUCACAUGGGAAGCAGUCGCAGAAAAACAAGAAUGCGGUGGCACUUUUAAUGGCACAUCUGGAAACCUUACAAGUCCGAACUAUCCAGGCACGUAUCCCAACAAAGCGAAAUGUGAUUACACAAUCAUUGUCCCGUUUGGUUACACCAUGGAAUUGAAGCUAAACAACCUGGACAUGGAGUUUGACUCGAAUUGUGAUUACGACUUUGUGGAGAUUUUUGAUGGGCCUACUGACAAGACACAUCGUCUUGGGAAAUUCUGCGGAAACAAAGUUCCAAAACGGCCAUUAAAACCUUCAGGAAACAAAGUGCUCAUCAAAUUCAGGUCUGAUGAUUCUACAGGUGGGCGUGGCUUCAAGCUGGAAUGGUCCGCCAAGAAACUUCAAGUCAAAGAAAGCGGCCCAAGAAAAUGUGGUACAUCUAAAUACUCAAGUCGUAUUGUUGGAGGAAUACUCGCAAAGAAAGGGGCAUUCCCGUGGCAAGCAGCUUUGCUUUGGAGAGUUGGCAUCAGCAAGAAUCAGCAAUUCUGCGGAGGAUCUUUGAUCGAUCGAGAAUGGGUCAUUACAGCUGCACAUUGCUUUGUUAAUGGUGACGACCCAUCGUACUACAAAAUUCGAUUAGGAGAACAUAAUCUUAAUGGUGAUGAUGACACCGAGCAAGAAUUCAACGUCUCAGCCGUUAUGAUUCACGGAGGCUAUGAUCAGAUCACUAAUGACAACGACAUUGCUUUGCUGAGAUUGGCAACUAAGGCGACAAUAAAUGAUCACGUGAACACUAUUUGUCUCCCGAAGAUUACCGAUUUGAUUUCAGCAGGUACUCGAUGUAAGAUUACUGGUUGGGGUGCAACUGGUGAGCAUGCAAGCACUUCGAAUAUUCUUAUGGAAGCUGAAGUGCCAAUUAUAAGCAGGUCAACUUGCUCUCACGAAAUGGUAUAUGGCGACAAAAUCACAGCCAAUAUGAUGUGCGCUGGGUUUUCGCGUGGAGGCAUCGACACCUGUCAGGGAGAUUCAGGGGGGCCACUUCAAUGUCGAAGCAAGGAAGAUAGGUCUCAGUGGGUUUUGAAUGGCGUGACCAGCUGGGGGAGGGGGUGUGGAAGAAAGAUGAAAUACGGUGUGUAUGCAAUUGUUAGGAAUUACCUCAUGUGGAUAAAGAUGAUAACAAGUGUAUCAAAACCAAAGCCAACCAAAGCACCGCUCAAAUCAGAGCCUCCAAAAGGUCCUAUGCCUCCUCUUCCUAAUGGCAGGCCAAUGCCACCCCUGCCAAACGGUAACCAAGGACCAGCACCACCUUUGCCGAACGGUAAUCAAGGACCAGCGCCACCUUUGCCGAAUGUUAACCAAGGACCAUGAGGUUUAACUAUAAGCAUGUUGCUAGCAAAGUUCUUUACCAAAUCGUAUAUACACUAACAAAUGUAAAAGCUUGUUGCUUGUAACAUCUUGAGAAACAUCAUUUUAUUCAUUUGAGAGCAUCUAGUUGGUUGAUGAUUACACACUGUCUCUGGAAAGGAGAUAUGAGAACAUGAAAA